CCCACCUCUUUGAUUCAUCCCAACACACAACAAAACACUGCUAGUUCCCUUUCUGUGGGAUUUCAGGCGAUACGGCAAGAAUUUACCGACCGGGAACCGAAUCUGUGUCGAUAGAGAUGAUGAAUGCUGACGUUUUUUAAAACCUACGAAAAUGCGUAAAUAGUGUUUAUUUUUAAGAUAAAAGAGGAAGACCCGGAUUGGGAACGCGCGCUGUGACAUUCUGCUCCUGUUCACCUAGAUGAAUCGGUGGUGAACCUGUUCGCUGGUCUGAACGAUUUGCUCACGAAUCGGUUCCAGCGGUUCUCAACUCCGUCUCACUUUGAAUCGGACAACAUGUUUGAGCAGAGCUAAUGGGGAGAUCGCACAGUCGGACACAAAGCUAGAGAGCUCAAGACCAGACCGUCUACUUCCCUUGUGUCAGUGACUCCAUACAGUCGUGUUGGAUGCAGCUUAACAAGCAGAAGAAGAGAAAGAAAGGAUUUCCCUCACUCCACUGGACUAGAUUGUGUUCGGAAUGAUGAAAAAGUGAUCUUGAAUAGUUCCAGAAACUAAAGAAUCCAGUUGAAGAGGACAGAUUUCUAUUGUGGGAGACUUCAGGUGGUAGUAGGCGCCAACAUUUCCCGUGUGGCACCGUUGGUCGAGUAAGAAAACAGGUCCUGUAGGAUGACCAGCCUUUUCAGACGCAGCAGCAGUAAUGGAGGGUCUCGGGGGGGCGAGGGCUCAGCUACAGGUGAGCUCAACAACUCCAGGACCAACCGGCAAGUUCGAAGGCUGGAGUUUAACCAGGCCAUGGAGGACUUUAAAACCAUGUUCCCUGGCAUGGACUAUGAGGUGAUCGAGUGUGUACUGCGCUCUAAUAAUGGGGCUGUUGAUGCCACCAUCGACCAACUCCUGCAGAUGAGCAUUGACGGACAAGGCUCGGAUGACAGUUCGGAUUCAGAUGACAGCAUCCCACCAGAGAUUCUUGAGCGGACCCUCGAGCCAGACAGCUCAGACGAAGAGCCGCCCCCUGUCUACUCGCCACCAACAUAUGACAUGCAUAUAUAUGACAGGAAAUACCCAGAUGCUCCUCCUGUUCCUCCACCCAGAUUUGAGGCCCAACCUCCUCCUGCAGAGAGACAAGUGCAAGGUUACAAAAACUGGAACCCACCAUUACUUGGCAAUCUGCCCGAUGACUUCCUGCGAAUCUUGCCCCAACAGUUGGACAGUAUACAAGGCUCUCAGAGUAGCAUCUCCAAACCCUCUUCCUCCUCCUCCUCCUCCUCAGUCCCCCAGAAGGUCCCCACUGUAGCAGCCGCCGUGGGAACAGGCGGCACUUCAGAGCAGGAACGCAAACUGAAGCAAUAUUUGGAGGAUGAGCGUAUUGCACUCUUCCUGCAGAACGAGGAAUUCAUGAAGGAGCUGCAAAGGAACCGAGAGUUCCUCAUUGCGUUGGAAAGAGAUCGACUGAAAUACGAGUCAAAAAAAUCUAAAUCCAGUCAUUCAUCAGCUAGCAUGGAGAACUCCACAGGUGACCACUAUGCUUCCAGAUCAGUAGAGGCCUGUACAGCAGUCUCAGAUGAUGCUCUGUUUAGAGACAAGCUAAAGCACAUGGGGAAAUCAACCAGGAAAAAGCUGUUCGAAAUUGCCCGAGGGUUCUCAGAGAAGACAAAGCGGAGGAAGUCUAAAAGAAGAACGUUGCUACGGCAUCAUUCAUUGGGCACAGCCAACUCCACUGCCAACCUCCUUGACGAUGUGGAAGGAAACCCAUGUGAUGAAGAACAUCAUCUUAGACGAUUGACUGCACAGGAAGAGGAGGAGCCACAUAAGGAACCACUAUCAUGAUCCCUCUGUGCUCUUGGGAAAUUAGGGUUUCCAUGGUGACCUCCGAAUGACCCAUGGCUGAUAGCUCGGUAUCUCAGUGGCUCUGGUGUUUAGCUCAGACUCCAGAGGAACAGCCCACCCCAGACCAGUCGAGGCAGGACUGUAUGAUCAUUUUGUAGCAGCCUUUUGCGAGCCUAAGAUUAUAAAUAUUAUAAAUAUCUACAUCUGAUUACUAUUAUCAUUAUUUUCUCGCAACAGUCUGUUAAUAUUUGGUUUCAUAUGUAACACUCAACAGUUUUAUAGUACUGAUUCCAGCUAUGUAUUUUUUCUUUUCAUCCCUAAUCAUUUGAAAAUACAUUUUCUUUAUGUUUGUUUAAAAAUAUAUAUAAUUUACCUGAGGAAUGGUAUUUCAUCACAUAUGUUUGAUUUAAUUUGACACCAUUUGAAAAGAGGCAAAUUAUUUGUUUAUUACGGUCCACAAUUAAUGGUCAGUCAUUUCAGCACAUUACUAUAUCUCAUUUCUUAUUUUUAAUGGACUUUCAGAGUCUAAUCUGCACAUUAGAUGCCAAAGUACGGUACCUAGAUUGUCAUAUUCAUUACUAGAUCAUAAACCUUUCUUUAUCGUUGUUAUUAGGAAAUCAUUAUUCAGGUGUCCAUUUAGUCUGGUGUGAUUUUUCAGGUGCUGAAUAGUCCAGUUCCAUUCUGCUUUUUCAUGCAGUUAAAUUAAAACCAAUAGUUCAUUCAGAUGAAAUGCCCUCCUUUAAGAGUAAGCCCAAUGCACACUUUCUAUGUAGUAUAUCCUACAUGCCAAAAUUUGAUUUCAGUCAGUUUUACACAAAAAAAGAAAGGCAAAUUGAGUUUGCCUGCUUCUCAUGUUUGCACUGCCAUAUCAGUUUUAUGAAAUAUUUAAAUACUUCUUUUUUUCUUGGUGAAAAUUUGAUUAGAUUGAUUGAGUCAGAAUAGCUGUCAUGUAGACAUGUUUGUUUUUGUUUUUUUAUCUUUGCAACGAACAGAAUGGAAAUAGAACAGUUUGAAUCAUUCUGAACCAACCAAAACGCUGCUGUGUGCUUUGCUUUUUUUGCAAAUCACACUGAAUGAUUUACCCUAACGCUGUGCUUCCAAGUAGGUCAGGUGACUGUCAUAAGGUCAGAGGUCUAAUUGUGAUCCACCAAUAAGAAUGUGCCAUUAUGUUUCUUUUAGAGUUGUGCAUCCCAGUAUCGAUUGUGAAGUAGCCCUUUGGAGGGACACUGUGUGACAUUGAUGUUUGUUUGUUUGUUUGUUUUUAAUUUUAUGUACAUCAAAUUGUACAACAGUUAAAUCUGUCUGUUUUUUUUAUUCCUCCAUGUUACUGAUACACUUCGAGCACAAAAAAAACAAGUCUGUAAUCUGUUUUGAAAAUGAUAUGAAUUGAAAGAACAAAUGUUUUGUAAGAGCAAAACCUUGUUGAGAGAAAUAAUGCAUACAGCACAGGGCCCAUGUUUCCAGCUUGUACCGUUGUCGUCUGUGAUUCACGGGCACGACUGUGUGAGAAUUUCCCUUCCAUCCUGCUUGUUAACAUAUUUUAUCCUCUCAGGGAACUUGCUUACAUUUCAAUUUCUGCUAAAAGCACAACGCAGAAGCUUCUUUAAUAGGCAAGGUAGCACCAUCUGUUUACCUGUCAUGAGGUUGGUAUGACAGAAUUCAAGGACUGUGUGGCUGAUCUCCUUCAGUAUGUAGUCAAGUUCCUUUUCUUGAUAACAUGUCCUUGUGUGUUUACCUGAAAACUCUUCAAGAUACCCAUUUCCAUCUUUGGUGUUUGUAUGGGACUGAUAGGAUUGAAAUCACUGUCAGGUUCAAAUAGUGUUAUGUGUGAGCCACAUGAGUUUGAGUGGCUCUUAACAAUUAGUGGAAUGUACUAUCUAUACUGUAUUAGAAGAAAGCAACUGUACAUGCAAAUUGGCAAUUUUUUUUAUAUGUAUGAAAUAUUUAGCCAUUAUUUCUGUCCCCUUACUUUCUUCUGAAGAAUGAUUCUCAAACCAAUUAAACUGACUAUUUGUCUACUUGUCCAAAAUCGAUGUGAUUGUUCCACAUCACAUUACUAUUUCCAGUUCUUUUCUUACAAUGCAGAUGUUUAUUAGCUAUGGGAAUAAAUAAUACAAUUGUUGUA